CACGGGCGGGGGGCGGCUCCGUGGGCGCCGUUCGCUACCGGGGCGGCAGCCGCCACCGGGGUGUUUCCAACCGGGGGGGUCCCCGUACGCCCCCCCUCUGCCCGCCCCCCCCCCGGUGCGGUGGGGGGCUCCCCGGGGCGGUCCCCGCUCCGUGCCCCCCCGUCGCCCCCACCCCGGGCUGCGGAAGGGAACGGCGGCGGCUCCGGUACCGGGGUGGGGGGGGGUGUCCCCGGGGCGGGGCUGUGGCUCCCCUCAUCCCCAGCACGUGCGGCCGGUGCCGCCCCCGCCCCGCCGGCUCUGAUGUCACGGGGCCGGGCCGGGAACAGCCGCUGCCGGGACCCACCAGAACCGGGGGUGUCCCCGUGUCCCCACCAUGGAGGUCGCCCCCGACUGGGCCACCCUGAGCCCCCAGGAGUUUGCGCAGGUGCAGAAGUACCUGGACUACAGCAGCAGGAAGGUGCAGGAUGUGCUGCAGGAUUUCCGCGACGGGGGGACCUUCUCGCAGCACCGUCGGGGCGAGUGCCUGGAUUUCGAGGGGUUCAGGCUGUUCCUGCGCAGUUACCUGGACGCCGACGAUGUCCCCGAGCCGCUGUGCCGCCACCUCUUCGCCUCCUUCCAGAGCGGCCAAGGGGGCAACGACCUCGUCAGCAUUAAGGAUGUCUCCUGCUACUUCUCGCUGCUGGAGGGGGGGCGCCCCGAGGACAAGCUGGAGUUCACCUUCAAGCUGUAUGACAAGGAUGGAAACGGGCUCCUGGACAGUUCGGAGGUGGAUCGGAUCAUCACCCAGAUGAUGCGGGUGGCCCAGUACCUGGACUGGGACGUCACUGAGCUGAAGCCGAUCCUGCAGGAGAUGAUGCGGGAGAUCGACUACGACGGCAGCGGGACGGUGUCCCUGGCUGAGUGGCUGCGGGGGGGCGUCACCAACAUCCCGCUGCUGGUGCUGCUGGGCCUGGAGGGGCACAUGAAGGACGAGGGGCAGCACCGGUGGCGGCUGAAGCAUUUUAACCGGCCCGUGUAUUGCAACGUGUGCGCGGCGCUGCUGGUGGGGCUGCGCAAGCAGGGGCUGAGCUGCACCCUGUGCAGGUUUACGGUGCACGAGCGCUGCGCGCGCCGCGCGCCCCCCAGCUGCGUCAGCACGUACGCGAAGUCCCGCCGCGAGGCCGGGGUGCAGGCGCACGUCUGGGUCCAGGGCGGCUGCGACGCCGCCAAGUGCGGGCGCUGCCACAAGAAGAUCCGGAGCUUCCAGAGCCUGACGGGGCUGCACUGCGUGUGGUGCCACCUCAAGAUCCACGAGGAGUGCGUGUCCCUCGUCCCCCCCGCCUGUGACUGCGGGGCGCUGCGGGACCACGUCCUGCCCCCCGCCGCCAUCUACCCCGUCCUGCUGGAGCGGCAGGACAGCCAGCGGGAUGGCAGCGGGACAACGGGGGACGAGCCCCCCCAGGGUUUCAGCACCCCCGAGGGGCAGGUGCUGCGGAUCAGCCCCGUCCCAAACACCCACCCGCUCCUCGUCUUCGUCAACCCCAAGAGCGGAGGGAAGCAGGGGGAGAGGGUGCUGCGCAAGUUCCAGUAUCUGCUCAACCCCCGGCAGGUUUAUAACCUGCAGCAGGGAGGACCCACCCCCGGCCUCAAUUUCUUCCGGGACGUGCCGGAUUUUCGCAUCCUGGUGUGUGGCGGGGACGGCACUGUGGGCUGGAUCCUGGAUGCCAUCGACAAAGCCAACCUGCCCCGCCACCCCCCCGUCGCCAUCCUGCCCUUGGGCACCGGUAACGACCUGGCGCGCUGCCUGCGCUGGGGUGGAGGGUACGCGGGGGAGGACCUGGGGCGCCUCCUGCAGGAGCUGGAGGGCAGCAGCGCGGUGCCCUUGGACCGCUGGCGCAUCCACGUUGUCCCCGAGGACGCGGCGGUCGCGGGGGACCCGGUGCCCUACGACAUCAUCAACAACUAUUUCUCCAUCGGGGUGGACGCCUCCAUCGCCCACCGGUUCCACGUCAUGCGGGAGAAAUACCCCGAGAAGUUCAACAGCAGGAUGAAGAACAAGCUGUGGUACCUCGAAUUCGCCACCUCCGAGACCAUCUUUGCCACCUGCAAGAAGCUGAAGGAGGUUCUGAGUGUGGAGUGCUGUGGGACCCCCGUGGCGCUGAGCGCGGCGCUGGCGGGGCUGGCGGUGCUCAACAUCCCCAGCACCCACGGAGGCUCCAACCUUUGGGGGGACACCAAGCGAGUGCCGGGGGGGGCGCGGAGCCCCCCAGGCGCCAUCACUGAUGCCGAGACCCUCAAGACCUGCGUGCAGGAUGUGAGCGACGGGCGGCUGGAGGUGGUGGGGCUGGAGGGGGUGCUGGAGAUGGGGCAGAUCUACACGGGGCUGAAGAGCGCGGGGACGCGGUUGGCGACGUGCUCCGAGCUCACGCUGCGGACGCUGAAGCCCCUGCCCAUGCAGAUCGAUGGGGAGCCCUGGAUGCAGCCGCCCUGCACAAUCAAGAUCACCCAUAAGAACCAAGCGCUGAUGCUGAUGGGUCCCCCCCCGCGCUCCUCUGGAUUCUUUGGCCUCAAAAAGGGCCCCCCCGAGGUGUGAGGGGCCCGGGGGGAGGGUGAAGGGCCCCCCCGAGGUGUGAGGGGCCCGGGGGGGGGGACAGAGGCCCCCAGAGCUGCGCCCGGGCAGGGGACACAGAGCAAACCCCCCGCACUGUGUGUCCCCACAGGGGGGGGUGGCACCUGUGUCCCCCCCACCACGGGGUGCUCAGCCUGUGGGUGCUUGGGGGGGGGGGGGGGCUGAACACACCCCUCCCACCUCACGCCAGACCCCCCCACCCUAUUUAUUCCCCCCCUCCCCAAUUCCAAGUGCCUAUCACAGUAAUAAAGUGAUGAGACGUG